UCACUUCUAUCAAGGAAAUACAAGCUGAUAAGAUGGACAAUAAAGACACAGUUUGUGAGAAAUUAUCAAGAAAUGGUAUUCAAAGAAAUAAGACGCUCAGCAGAGAUAAAGUGACACAAAGAUGGGAUGUUUGUGAUUAAAACUUUUAUUCAACGAAGUUAUCUGAACCUACAUAUUACAAAACAUACUGGCAAGAAGAAUUAUAAAUGUGAAAUAUGUGUUAAAACAUUUUCUCGACGAAGUUCUCUGAACAUACACAUGACAAAACACAACGGCGAGGAAAAACAUAUGUGUGGCUUGUGUUAUAAAGCAUUUUCUAGACGAAACCAUCUUAUCGAGCAUAUGAGAAUUCACACUGGCGAGAAGAAUUAUAAGUGUGAAGUAUGUUUUAAAACAUUUUCUCAACGAGGUUCACUGACGACACAUAUGAGAAUACACACUGGCACUAAGGAACAUGAAUGUGAAGUGUGUAAUAAAGCAUUUGUUACAAAAAGCCAUCUUAAUGCGCAUAUGAGAAUACACACUGGCGAGAAAAACCAUAAGUGUGAAGAUUGUGACAAAGCCUUUACUUUACGAGGUAAUCUUAUCGUACACAUGACAACACACACUGGCGAGAAGAAGCGCAAGUGUGAAGUGUGUGAUGAAGCAUAUACUCAACGAGUUUCACUGAAGAGACAUAUGAACAUACACACUGGCGAUCAGAAAUAGAUAAAGAAAGUAUACAUGUAAAAUCUGUUUUCUCAUUGCAGUUAUCUUAUCACAUUUAUGGUAAUACAUGCUGGCAAGAAAAAAAACAAAAC